CUGGAGAUGAUGUGAAGAUCGCAGCGUGCAGUCUUCCGGUCAGCGGUCUGCAUAAUACGAAUGAAGUAACAACAUCCGGGGAAUUUUUGCAGCGUGCUUCGGUGCGAGUGCGCGCACGUACGCACGCUGGAACGGUGCUUGACAUGGCGGCUGUGAAUUGAAAAAGCGUGUGGAAUGCGCGUGCAUGUGCGUGUGCAUGUGCACGCUGCGGUCCGGUGAACUGAGACUGUGUCCAGAGCAAAAUCUUGAUUUUAUUUUGCUUUUAUUUCACAAACUUGGCGAGAAACUGCUCAUAUAAAACAUGGACAGCGAUGACGACAAUGUGGAGGAGAUUGUAGAAGGCCCGUUAGAUGAAGAUGAGCUCCCACAUGGCUUCUGCACCGUCACCUACUCGUCUAGUGACCGCUUCGAAGGCCGUUUUGUUCACGGGGAAAAGAACGGAAAGGGCAAAUUCUUCUUUUUCGACGGCAGCACUCUGGAGGGCUUCUACGUGGACGAUGCGCUCCAGGGGCAGGGUGUGUACACGUACGAGGACGGUGGAGUUCUGCACGGCACCUACGUUGACGGCGAGCUGAACGGUCCUGCUCAGGAGUUCGACCCGGACGGACGUCUGAUCUUCAAGGGGCAGUACAAAGAUAACAUCCGCUGUGGUGUCUGCUGGAUCUACUACCCGGACCGAGGCUGUGUGGUGGGCGAGGUCAACGAGGACGGCGAGAUGACGGGCAAAGCCGUGGCUUACGUUUACCCUGACGGACGCACGGCUCUGUACGGGAGCUUCGUGGACGGCGAGCUCAUCGAGGCCCAACUGGCCACGCUGACCGCUCAGGAGAACGGCAGACCUCAUUUCACUGUUCAUCCUGACAGUCCUGUUUACUUCUAUGACAAACCCACUUCCUGUUGUAUCGCUGCUCACAAAACGCUACUCGACCCCUAUGAGAGCCAACGUGCGUAUGUGGGGCAGUCGCUGAUCUCUGGAGCAGGAGAAGGUCUGUUCGCCAAAACUGAUUCAGAUGCCGACACAAUCAUGGCCUUUUACAACGGAGUGCGCAUCACACACACUGAGGUGGACGCUCGUGAUUGGUCCCUGAAUGGGAACACAAUUUCGCUAGACGAGGACACGGUGAUCGAUGUGCCUGAACCUUUUACCCGUACAGAGAAUUACUGUGCAUCCCUUGGACACAAAGCCAAUCACUCGUUUACCCCCAACUGCAAAUACGACCCGUUUGUUCAUCCUCGCUUCGGGCCGAUAAAAUGCGUCCGGACAAUCCGAGCAGUUCGAAAAGAUGAAGAACUCACAGUCGCAUACGGUUACGACCAUGAAUCUUCUGGGAAAUCGGGUCCGGAGGCUCCCGACUGGUACAAACGGGAGCUGCGCGAGUUUCAGCAAAGAGAAGCAGAAAGGGAAGCGAAGGACUAAAAACAAACUAAAACUUUUUGCAUCAUGCCAAGCAUCACCUAAACCUGCCUCUUUUACUGUCUUGCUGUUUGCUAAACAACUUUGUAUUUAAUAUAUUGUGGAUAACCUGCUCUCUUUAUCAUUCUCAUUUGGUAGGAGGCAAAAUGCUUGGCUUUUACAGAGUCUUGUUCUAAAUAACGAAGGUGCUAUGAGGUGUCAGAUCUCAACAACCUGCAUCCUGAAUGCAGUGAUGUAUAACGACCGACUGAAGCACAGCAUGACGUGAAUUAGCUCCAUGGCUCAUCUAACUCAUCCGAAGUGAGAACUAUGCACUACCGAGCCCAUCGGGUGCUCUUUGCUGCUACGCUAAACCUCUACGAGUCACGGCAAUGCAGCCACUUAGUAUGUGGUUAAACUCCAAUAGCUAUCGCUAGUCCCGUUUGUGCGUCAGUGCAGUUUUCACAAUGCAGCAUUGUCUCUUUAGCUUCGGACUACUUGAACUAGUUAACUCUAGAUUCUCCUUACAAUUCAAUCAACAGUAUUAGAACCGCACAGUAAAUGUUUCAUUUUUGCCUUUGUAUUAAAGUGUGAAAGUGCGUGAAGUGUGAAAGCGUGUCGGAGUGAGAGAAAUACGUAGCAGAUCAAAAUAAGUAAUGAAUUCAGGUCUUUGAUAUGCAGUAUCUCUAAUCCGGGAUUUAUCAAUAAAACUUUAAAACAUGA